GAAUUUCUAAAAGAGAUAUAUCUAUAUUAAAACACGCCAAUUAGGUCUGGAUAUUUCUACAAUCUAUGUCUCGAAAACCGAACCAUGCAGCUUCAUUAACUCGUGGCAAUGCAUUCACGAAAUUAUUUUUCGUGAUCACUCAGCUUGUCCAUGCCGUCAAGGCCAUGCCUGUGUUUGCUAGAAACACUGUCGGUGGUGAUCUUGCCACCACUCAUAAACACGUUCCUAUGACCCGUGAAGAGUUCUACUUCAACUUGUUCACCUCUGUAUUUUUGGUGUUGGUUGGUGGGGUCUUUGCCGGAUUGACUCUUGGACUCAUGGGUCAAGAUGAAGUCUAUCUUAAGGUGAUGGCCACUAGUGGAGAACCGCAGGAACGGAAACAUGCCCGUAAAGUGUUGCGUCUUAUUGGUAGAGGGAAACACUGGGUUUUGGUGACUCUUCUCUUGGGGAAUGUCAUUACCAAUGAAACUUUACCAAUCGUAUUGGACAACUGCUUAGGAGGCGGCUGGCCCGCUGUGGUCGCAUCUACUGCAUCUAUCGUUGUAUUUGGAGAAAUUAUCCCACAAUCGAUUUGUGUUAGAUAUGGUUUACAAGUGGGGUCCAUGCUUGCCCCCUUUGUUCUUGUUCUUAUGUAUAUUAUGUACCCAAUUGCCUAUCCAAUUUCAUUAUUAUUGGAUCAUAUUUUGGGUGAAGACCAUGGAACAGUUUAUAAGAAGUCUGGGUUGAAAACCUUGGUUACUUUACAUAAAACCAUGGGAGUGGAAAGAUUAAAUCAAGAUGAAGUGACGAUUAUCUCUGCGGUUCUUGAUCUUAAGGAGAAAUCUGUAGCUGAUAUUAUGACUCCAAUUGAUCGUGUUUAUACCAUGAGUGCUGAUUCCAUUUUGGAUGAAGCAACAGUUGAAGAAAUUUUUAAUGCUGGAUUUUCUAGAAUUCCAAUUCAUCUUCCAAAUGAACCAAUGAAUUUCAUUGGGAUGCUUUUAGUUCGUGUAUUGAUCAGUUAUGAUCCUGAAGAUGCCCUCCCAGUGGCUUCAUUCCCCUUGGCUACUCUUCCUGAAACAAGUGAAGAUACCUCAUGUUUGAACAUUUUGAACUACUUCCAAGAGGGUAAGUCCCAUAUGAUUGUAGUUAGUGAACGUCCUGGUGAACCUACCGGUGCCAUGGGUGUCUUGACCUUGGAAGAUGUUAUUGAAGAAUUGAUUGGAGAAGAAAUCGUUGAUGAAUCAGACGUUUAUGUUGAUAUUAACAAGAAUAUUAAACGUAAACAUCCAGGUCCAUUGACCAAGAGAAACUUAACCUCUUAUUUACAUACUAUGUACCAAAGAAGUGCUAGUACCUCAAAGAGAAAUUCAUUGGAUAUGACUCCAUUGAAAGAUGGACCAAUCCAACCAAAUGCAUUAUCCCCAGGAGCUUCUCCUAAACUUGUCCCAAUCCAAAAGGUGAAAUCUAAUGGAGGUGGUACUCCAUUAUUUAGUACCAAUGAAGUUGCUCAUUGGAAACCGAAAAAUCCUGCUGCAAAUCCAUUAGAAACCAGUAAACCGUUUGUUACCAUUAAAAAACCUCAUAUUGAUGCAACCGUCAUUCCUGGACCAAAUAGAGCUCCACCAUCUGGCAUUAAAAACGAAGGUUAUGGAGCGAUCCAUGUCACUGAAGCAGGAGCUAUUCAUGAAGCCCAAUCAAGAAAUUCUGAUGAUUAUGAAUCCCUUCAAUCUCAAAGGUUUUUACAAUCUGAACAAGAUAUGAGUAAUAACGGUAGUAGUGGCAGUCAUUAUAGUAAUGGCAUAACUAUUCCUAAAAUUGAAUAUCAAGAAUCUCGUACCUACAGAACUGGAGGUAUAGUUGAAUCUGUGGUGAAUGUUCAAGGUGUACAUAAAACAAUUAUAGAAAACGUUAGUGAUGAAGAUGAUGAAGCAGAAGGGUUACUUUCUAGUUUUAGAGGUUAAUAAUUAAGUUGUGAAGAAUGAAUAAUACAAUGU